AUGGGUAAAAAUACGUUGAUCGCGAUUCGCGUACCCAACCUACAAACCAUUUCAAAGUAUUUGUCUACUGUAACAAAGAUCGUUGAACGGUUGAGUGAGGAUCGCAAUAAUAGACUAUACAUUUGGGUUUGCAGUCCUGAAUUAAACGAAGAAAGGAAUGAGCGUAUUUUUUCCAGUCUCACAAAAGCUCUGAGUGAACUAUACCUCUGUUCAAUUACUACUAAAGAUCCUACCAUUUUUAAUGUCGUUCCUACAGUUGUUUUAUUCGAAGACUGGUCUGGAUAUUCUAUUAAUGAACUUUCGAAUCUGUGUGACACCACUUAUUGCACGAAAAAUUAUGAUGAUUCAAUUUCAAAAUCUAGUACUGAAGUGAUCCAUAUCGAAGCUGAUGAGCUCGAACAAAGUAAGCUCGAACGUAGUUUUGAAGAGAGCGAGAAUCAGGAUAAGAAAAUUACCAACCGAAUUUCAGCUGUCGGUGGGACGUUCGACCAUCUACACGUUGGUCAUAAAGUUUUACUUACAUUAUCUGCAUGGAUUGGAAUAGAAAAAGUAUACGUUGGGAUUUCUGGGAAUGAAUUACUCUUAAACAAAGUCGAGAGGGCAUACUUAGAAAAUAUAGAAGUGAGGAAAAAUUCUGUCUAUGAUUUCCUUCAUUCUAUAAAGAAAACUAUCCAAUCGAGCAUAGUAAUUAUCAAUGAUCCUUUCGGGCCUACUAUUACUACUGGAGAGAUUGACAGUUUGCUCGUUUCCCAAGAAACCAUUAAAGGUGCGGAUUCCGUACAAGUGGAGCGAAUAAAAAGAGGAUUGCCUGAGCUGGAUAUAUAUUGCAUCGACCUUCUUCACUUCGCACAUGCUACAAUGCCAGAAAAUUGUAAUCCAGUAAAACUUAGUUCAACGGCCAUUAGAAAAGAACUAGCUAAGAAAAACUUUUAA